AUGACAGAAACAAAGAUGCACUUAGAAGAUUGGCUAGAUGACCUGUGUGUCCGAUUUAUUAUCAACUUACCCCGCGAAGAACUCGAGUCGGUCGAACGGAUAUGUUUCCAAGUCGAGGAAGCACAAUGGUUCUACGAGGAUUUCAUCCGGCCGCUUGACCCUGCCCUCCCCUCGCUGUCGCUUAAGGCGUUUGCCCUACGCAUCUUCCAGCACUGCCCUCUGAUGUCCCAAUGGUCGCACUAUCAUCAUAUUACGGCCUUUUCGGAGUUCCUGGCCUACAAGACUCGCGUUCCCGUCCGAGGUGCGAUUUUGCUCAGUGAGGAGAUGGACGAGGUCGUCCUGGUUAAGGGCUGGAGGAAGGGAGCCAACUGGAGCUUUCCGCGCGGCAAGAUCAACAAGGGAGAGAAGGAUCUUGACUGUGCCAUUCGUGAAGUAUACGAGGAAACUGGGUUUGAUGUUCGGGACGCCAAUCUAGUCAAGGACGAGAAUGAUGUCAAAUUCAUUGAGAUCACCAUGCGCGAGCAACACAUGAGACUCUAUGUCUUCCGUGGUGUGCCUCGCGAAACCCACUUUGAACCUCGAACCCGAAAAGAAAUCAGCAAGAUCGAAUGGUACAAGCUGUCAGAGCUCCCGACCCUGAAAAAGAACAAGCAGCACGACGAAGGGUUUGCGGUCACAAACGCGAACAAAUUCUACAUGGUCGCCCCUUUCUUGCAUCCGCUCAAGAAAUGGAUUGCCCAGCAGAAGAAAUUUGAUUUCAAGGCCCAGGCCGGGUCGAAGCCGUUCGCACAGCUGGAGGGUUAUACGUCUAUGGAUGAGAAUGGUCAAGCCGCCGGUUCCACCCCAGCCCUGCAACCACACGCACAAGUGGCGCUUCCAAGCGAUCUGCCUGAGGUUACCUCGGCGCAAGAUGCCUCAUCUCAUCUCAAACGCCUGUUGAAUAUCGGUGGUUUGCCGGCGCCAGCCCAAGCACCGGCCCCAGAACUUGUUCAAACUUCAGCUGUUGACCCGUCGAAGUCAAAUGCGCUCCUCGCUCUCCUUCGAAGCGGGCCUCAAGAGCCUGUUCCCCAACCCUCUCAGAUUAACCCUUUACUUUCAUCAACUGCAGCUCGUCCGAAUGCACCGGUGGAAGGGCCACCGCCUCACCUGGCGCCGAAUUUCUUUCCUGGAUUUCCCCAGCAACAACAGCACAUGGGCCCUUCUCCUUUCAUGCAGCAGACCGUUGCGCCUUUUCCCAGUCGCCCGUCGCAUUCCAAUGUGCCGCUUUCGGGAGCACCUCAACGCCCUUUGGGUCCUCACUAUUCCCAUAUCCCGCCAAAUGACCCAACUGCAAUGCCUCACUUUCCGCAACAACUGCCUACGCCGAACUACCAGCCUCGUCCAUCGCAGCCUUCACCCUACAACGCGGUGCCCCCAAGACCUGCACCUGCUCCAUUCCGGCAAACUGGUGAUCCUCAGUUUUCUCAGUCGGCUCAGCCUUCUCAAAUCCAGGGUGCAACGGUUCCGCCAGCUAGUAAAUUGCCUCCGCCAAAGCUGACCAGUCAUUCCUUGGCGCUUUUGAAUGUCUUCAAGAAGGAGGGGUCCAAAACUCCAAAAGGCUCCAGUACAGCAGUAUUGGCAGUCCCCGGACAGGCGCCCCCUCAAGCGCGCAAACCUUCUCAGCAUCAGGAUAGCCUCUUGAGUUUACUCAGAGGCCCCCGUGCUGUUAAGGAACCCCAGCCAGUUGAAUUGUCCGCCCAUCCCGUGCCUCCUGUGUCUUCAGAGAAGCAGAUCCUCCAUCGUCCUCAAGGCGUUGCCCACAACAACCUGCCUGCUAUGACCGAUGCCCCCAAGGCUCAGCCGAGCACGACGGCUACCGUAUCUGGACCGUUGAAUUUGCCCCAACUCGAGGCGAUUUCUAAGCCGACACCCAAAAAGCCAGCAAAUGGGUCAAGCCGAAAGAACCAGGCAAAUCGACGAGAACAAAUGCAAGUGCAAACUCUUUCUUCACCCAUCACUAUUUUAUCGCGGCCGCAGUCAGCCAAGCGGGAUGCAUCUUCGCCAGGACCCAGUGCGGAGGCAAUCCAUGUAUCUUCUCCACGCCACGGCAGCAAGCCCAUCGCACCCGAGCCCGUCAAGCCAUUCCAGCCUCAGAUUCUCCGUCGCUCAGAGAAGCCUGACUACGAUAAUAUGUUGAUGGCAGCCUCGAAGAUCAGCGCCUCCGAACAUAAACCGAGUUUUCCCAGUCCUCAGACUCACGCACCAGAGCUGGCGCCCCAAGGCAAUUUUGAUCGUCGACCCAGUCAGACUACUGCACAGAAGGAGGCCCUCUUGUCUCUCUUUGGCAAGCAGCCUGGCUCUCCUUCCAUGAACCGGCGGUCGUCCGCGACCACUGGUAUAGUGAGCCCACUUUCUUCCCUCCACCUGCCCAGCAGCGGUGACUCCAUCUCCCGACAUGGGACACCCUCUAAUGCUGACCACCAGGCUGCCAAUGCCAAUCGGGGUGCGUCGCCCAACAAUAAGGCAUUCUUGCUUGGGUUCCUCGAGGGUGUCGCCAAAGGCAACAAAUAA